UGAAAGGAAUCGCUUCCGGCGAACGCCCAUUCUUCCUGGUUCUUCACUGCUUCUCUCUCCUUGGAGGCAGAAUGGAGACAGGAGUGUUGGCAGAAGAGCUGACCUGUAGUGUGUGUCUGGGGUUGUUCCAGAACCCCGUGGCAUUGCCCUGCCAGCACAGUUUCUGUGCAAAAUGUAUCAACGAUGUCUGGGACCAUUCAGAGACUCCGUUUAGAGUCAGCUGCCCUCAAUGCCGACAGACCUUCAGCCCCAGACCCAGCCUGGUGAAGAACCACACGCUGCAGAACAUCGUGGAGAAAUACAACACGCAACCGCCCGUCGCUGCCGCUUCUGCCCCGACGGCCCCCGUGAUGUGUGAGUACUGUAUUGACAAACCAACACCAGCCGUGAAGACCUGCCUCAAAUGUGAAACCUCCUUCUGUUCCCUCCACCUGCAACCGCACUUGACGAAGCAGAUUUACAAAAAUCACAACCUUAUCAAGCCCACGGCCGACCUCACAAGGAGGCAGUGCCCAAGUCAUGGGAAUAUCCUGGAGUUCUACUGUGAGCAAGACGAGGUGUGUGUUUGCGUGUCCUGCACCAUCGUCGGGGAUCACAGGUCCCACAGUCUGAUCAGUCUGGAGCAGGCAAAGGACAAACUGAGGGGGAAACUAAACAGAGAGGUGCAGAACCUUGGUACAUUUCAGAGCAAUUGGACAAGUGAACAGCAAAAUCUGCAGAUGUACGAAAAUGAACUAAAGAAACACAGUGAGAAGCUGAAGAGAACAUUGUCGAAUGAGUACUCCAAAUGGAGGAAGAAGUUGGAAGAGGAUGAAAAGUCAGCACUGGAGAAGAUCGACACAGAGAAGAACCGAGUGAUCUCCCAGAUCAAGAUCUGCUCAAAUUCACUGAGGGAAAAGAUUGAAAAAAUUCAAACAUUAGACAAAGAAAUGAAGGAUCAAGAGCACAAGGAUCCUCUUUCAUUUAUUGAGGAUGUGAAGCAGCUUCUUUUAAGGUACGAAGAGCUAGCUUACAAUAUGGGUAACAAUGCAGCUGAGGAUCUUCAAAAUAGCCGCAUGAAUCCAAAUCGAGCCUUCAAUCGGAGUCCCAGGUACAAAAAGCCAGCUUACUAUGUAGAUGACUAUAUAGAUGCCAAUAGCCGCAUGAAUCCAAAUCGAGCCUUCAAUCGGAGUCCCAGAACCUCACAAUCUCAGGAUAUCAACGUAAACUUCUACGAACUCACGAGAGAGAUCGAAAUUCAGAUGGGUGGCUAUCAAAACUACCAGAAAGUCAUAAAGGAUGCUGUCAAUGAAGUGUCUCACCAGCUCAGCAGCUUGCAACAAACUAAAUUAGCACCAUGACUGUGACUUUGAAUUUUGAUCGCCAGUACCAAGAUCUCCUCCAGGAGAAUGACCCUGUUCAGUGAUAAUUUGUCUUCAUGACUUUCAAACAAAGGAAGUUUUAAUUCGUGAAUCUCAUCGGAAAGGUAUGAUUGAUUAUGAAGGCCAGAAGAUCAGAAUUGUGGAGGAUUUUUCACCCGAGGUGUUGAAUGAACACUUCAAGUUUAAAAAGGUUAUGUCAGAAUUGUAUAAUAAAGGUUUUAAACCCACUUUUCGUUACCCCGCUCGUCUUAGAAUUAUUUUGAAAAAUAGCUCUCAGAUAUGGUUCCGUUUGACUCAAGAGGUGCAGGAUUUUUUAAUUUCCAAAUCAGUAUCAGAAGUUUAACCGUUCAAUAAUUCCCUACAUAAAUCUAUGUUGCGUCUGCCUGAUGGAUCCUUUUAUUAGAAUCAGCAGUCUAACUGUUCAUUACUUUCUUUUAUGACCAACUGUUUUUUUUUACUUUUGGUAUACCUUUGUAUCUAAUUUUUUUUUGUACUUUUAUUUCUUUGCUUAGAAAAUU